AAGAAAGGCAACCGUGAGAGUUGGUGGCGCACUUGGGGCCGUGAAACGCAGCCGCAGUGUUCCCAGCGGUCCCUCGUCGGCUUGCCCGAGGCGGAUUACCCGAAGAAUUCAGAGAACGAGUCGGUGUGCAUCAUCCCCUCCUGCAUUUUGAGGUCUUCACCAGCACCAAAGCAGGCCCUCCCUGCCAGGCGCAUCAUGCCCCUCGAGAGCUCACUGUGCGGCGAGGUGGCGGCAUCGUCAGCGGCGCCGCGUGUUCCACGUGGCAAGCGUGGAGGGCAGCAGGCACUCCACUGUGCAGUCUGCGAGAAGGAGUUCCGAUGCAAGAGUGACCUCCAGGUGCACUUCCGAGUCCACACCGGGGAGAAGCCUUUCGAGUGCACGUUCUGCGAGGAGAAGUUUGCUCUAAAUGGAAACUUAACAAGGCACCUUCGAACCCACACCGGGGAGAUGCCCUUCGAGUGUGUAAUUUGCGAGAAGAGGUUCACGCAAGGUGGAAAUCUGAGAAGGCACCUUCGCACUCACACUGAGGAGAAGCCGUUCGAGUGCACAGUUUGCAAGAAGAGUUUCUCUCACAGUGGCGCUUUAAGAAGACACCUUCGGACCCACACCGGGGAGAAGCCUUUCGAGUGCGAUGUUUGCCAGAAGAGUUUUGCUGUAAGUGGACAACUCCGAGCGCACCUUCGCACCCACACUGGGGAGAAGCCUUUCGAGUGCACAGUCUGCAAAAAGUGUUAUACUGAAAGCGGGACCCUGAGAAAGCACUUUCGAACGCACACUGGGGUCAAGCCUUUCGAGUGCUCGGUUUGCAAGAAAAAAUUCGCUCGAAGUGAAAACCUCAAGAAGCACUGUCGUACCCACAUUAUCGGAUAGAAGCCUCCGUUGCCGUUAUUAUUCUUGUUGUUAUUCACCUUACCCCGGCAAUUUUGAGCUAUUUUUUUCUUUUCGGUUUAUUUCUGUGACCCGUUAUGCUUGUAUUUUAGGGGCUCAGUCGAAACAAAGCUGAGAUCCAAGACAGCAAACGAAAUUUUCAAGAGGAACUAACAGGCUUUGCUUCCAUUGACCUUAUUUUAUUGAUCUUUGGUCGGCAGUCACUUGUGGAUAGUUUGAAGAGUUCUCGUAUUCCUCAAGGUCCUUGUGUUACGUCUUAGUUUAAUGCAGUCUUUAAAAUAUUCUUACUCUGUCUCACCUCGCUGAUGUUCCCUCCCACCGAAGCGUGGAAAUUAGUUACACGUUCGCACAUUUAAUUUGUGAAACAUGUCUCCGAAUGAAAACACUAAUAAUCAUGGUGUUGUACACAGCUUAAACUGUUUCUUGUACAACUUUUACCGACGAAUAAAUAAUCAU